GCUUCCUAAACUCAGAAUGUCUUUAUCAUUUAAAAAUGGGGGUUACACGUCAGUAGUGUUUUGGUAAUCACUCAGAAAUCCUCAUGAGGGCGACAGAAGGAUUUGAUUUGUAGCAGAUGGUUUAUUAUCAGUUCAAUGCUUUGUUUUUGACAGAGCUGCUGAAGAUGCUGAGGUUUUUUUUUUGGGGGGGGGGAGUGACCGGGAUGGACAGGAUUAGAAAUGAGCAUAUCUGAGGCACAGUUUGUAAAUAAAGUAAGAGAGGCGAGGUUGAGAUGGUUUGGUCACGUGCAGGAGGAUCAUGGAUGUUGUGGAGGAGGACGUGAGGACAGUUAGUGUAGCAGAAGAGGACGAGAUCGAGGCUGAUGAUCUGUUGUGGCCACUUCUGACGGGAGAAACCAAACGAAGAAGUAGAAUCAAAUUUGGGUUUGUGGUGUGGUACAAUUUGGCAGGGGUGUGAUUGGUUUGGUUUAAUGUAGCGCCCCCUACGUCAAUUAUUUCAUACCUGGUUAAAUGUUCUGUCGUUGACGUGAUUUCUGCUUUUUUUCACAGCCAGUGUUCAAAUAAAGGGGCAAAAAUAAUCCUAAAAAAAAUAAAUAAAAUCAUGACUAAGUGUAAGUUGAGAGGAUUUAUGGGAUUUUUUUUUUUUUUUCCGGUUCAUUGUCUGUGACGAUGGGUGUGUUCGUGCUGUUUUUCCUCUCUCCCACAGGACCGAACAACCUGCGUGUUUUCAUUAAGUCUCCUUUGCAGUCAUUUGUCCCCAUUAUACUUGACAACUGUUAAACCAGUCAGAUAAGAGACCUGUGUGUGUGUGUGUGUGUGUGUGUGCACUGAGAUCUCAGCGCGUGAAACCUCAGAAGCCAAAGAUGUUGCAACUUGUCCCAGACUCUUCACAGGAAACAUUCCUUAUCACCACAAUCUAUAUCUAUACAAGAAUAAUAUAUUAGGAUCCAGGCUGUGACCGGGAAAGGUACGAAUGACGAAUGCUGCGGCAAACACUGAUGCGUUAGAACAGAUAAUCCACCGACAGAUGAUUUCACCCUGGUCCUAUAAACCCAGCCCUGCUGUCUGCUUGGAGGUCAUGUGACCAGGAAGAGGAGGUGGGAGAGGAUUGAAGGAGAAGCUCAGGUGAGACCACCUCCACUACUCAAGUCUUACAUUUACUAUUCAGGUAACACCUUUGCAGAGGCACAGCCAGCAGCCAAGUAGACCGAUCUUAACUGUUUCCUUACUCUGGCUGUUGGGAUGCAUUUCACUAUUCAAGCAGCAUCCCUGUAGGAUUAAACCUGGACCCGCCGUGUAAAUUGGACCAUUAAUAGCUUGGACAUGUUUGGCCCGGGGCAGCUGGUCUCGACGCUCCUGCCUGCAGUUUUCCACUCCCCCGCAGCUCACUUUUUCCCCGCGUUCCCAACGAGACUGGGAUCCCAGCCUCAAAUUCUCAUCCCGGGGCCUUUCAUCAGCUACGAGUCCUUGAGGAGUUAUCUGCAGCCGGAGCCAUGCAAGGAGGCUCUGCUGCUGGCCACACAGGGGGUCGGGAUGGGGCUGCUCGCCGAUGGCAUAGAUGAACAGAGGCCAGUGAAGCAGCGUCGCGCACGCGCCAACUACAGCAGCUGGCAGCUGGAGGAGCUGGAGAAGGCCUUCGAGAGCACGCACUACCCCGACAUCUUCAUGAGGGAAGCCCUGGCCCUCAGACUGGACCUCAUCGAGGCCAGAGUGCAGGUCUGGUUUCAGAACCGUCGCGCUAAGAUGCGGCGUCAGCUGAAACUGCAGAGUCAGCUCGUCGCAGGGCCGUAUGUGAAAAAAGACACUGACGAAACAUCGGAGAGUUCGAGCAGGAGCCUGAAGCAGCAGCAGCAGCAGCAGCAGCAGCAGCAGCAGUCGGAGGGUUCCGACAGGGAGCACUCGGAGAGGCGGCAGGAAGGAGACAGUUACCCAUGGACAAAGGCUGCGAGCGUCGCGCUGAGCGUACGUAAGCAGCCCGUGACCCAGGGGUCGGGGAAGUGGGAGAGGCCGGAGGGGCCGAGCUCAGAGGAGCUCCGCUCCUGCAGCAUCGCCAAGCUGAGGGCCAAAGCCAGAGAGCAUGAGGCCGAGAUCCACAGCACUGUAAACAUGUCGGGGGCUGACACACAGUCACAAACACAGGAAGCUGAUGCCACGCACAGUGAUUGAUUUUUUUUUUUUUUCCUCCGUCCUGUUUGUACAGACAGUCGUAACAAAAAGAAAAACAGAGGACAAUGUAGACUCUCAGUACGCCGGAACAUUCCCUUUUAUAUCCUUUA